AUGCCUUGGGAAAGGAGAGGCAGCAGAGUUCUAACUGAAUCUCUUCCAUCUUCGCUGACCUUGAAUCACCUCGUCGAGAGUAAAGAUGCUCUUGCGAGGUACUGUCUAUAUAAGACUCUGAACUCGGCUCUGCAUACGGCCAACGUCUUGUGCAUCACCUAUCAUCGAGCUCGUGCCAGUCUGCGUCACGCCACACGAAAGCGCAGGCCCUUUGUAUCGGAUAGCACGUUCGGGCCUUUCGACCUGCAUAGCGAGGGAAUAGACGACUUGCAUAGCGAGGCAAAGACGGGCUGGCAAGACGAACGUUGA